GCAAUCACGGAGAAGCAAAAUAUCCUCCUAGUCUCACUUGACGACAGCUCCCCAUUCGAACAGGUGCACCAUCAGCUCCUAAGCAAGCUGCAAAGCACGAGCGCUGUUGACCGCGCCACGACACCCGCGUCAGCCAUGCAAGCACUCGCGGAUGCGGCUCCCCACGCAGUGCUCGUGACGGACGGCGGCAUCGCGCAGCAUGGCAACGUGUACGCAAAGCUGCUGGACUAUGCUCACAGCGGCGGCAUCCUCGUCUUCAUGGGCACAUUCAGCUCCUUCACACGGCCCUCGGAUUUCCAGAGCUUAUUCCAGAAAGCGGGGUUGCCGUGGAAGGCCGGCGACUAUCACCGUACCACAGUUUACCGCAACGACACCGACACCGACGCUACGUCGUCGUCACGUGCGGAGCUGCCCGCGAGCUACAGCCAGAAAGCUGUGUUUCUCACCGGUGUACCCCGCAAGUAUGCGUGGUAUCUGCCCAACGCGUCCUCGAGAACAGAGUCUCUUGUUUUCCCGCCGGCGCCCAUUGCGGAUCAGAGUCAGACUCCUGUUGCUUUUGCAGACCUCGGUACCGGGAAGCUGGGGUAUGUGGGUGAUGUGAAUGGGGAGGAGGGCUCAGAGGCAGUUGUGCUGGCUAUGUGCGGACUGCGCGGUAGUGCGUAAGUAAGUGGUAUAGCACGUGAUUUUGGUUUCGCCUGUUGUCAAGUGUAGUAACUUAGUUUGUGUCAUGGAAUGCAAAGGGCAAGGAGCUUGAUAACCC